UUCUUCCAACUCUCCUUCUGUAGCAUCAACUCCAUCUACCUCUUACCUUCCUAUCUACCUAUACCAUAACUUCCAGUCAAUCAUCGAUCCUAAACACCUCCCCAUACCCACCCUCCAACAUAUUUCCAAAAAGGUAGUGCAAAGACCACCAAAGAACUGGACUGCAUCACCUUGAUCGAAGCCAUGCGGGAGUUCAAGAUUCUGACUUCAACAAUCCUGAACAAAAUCAUAAAUUCCUUAUAAAACCUCAUCAGAACUUAGCGAUUAACAGUUCAGCUCUGUGCAGUCUGGUGAAGGAAAUGAGAGUAUUAUGGAUCUGUUGAAGAGAGCUAAUAGGAAGAAUACUGAAAAGGUUAAUAUAGGGGGUUGGGGUGAAGAGAUUGGAAGAGUGAUGAACGAGGUCAAGGCAAAGAAGUUGUUCAAGAAUGAUAGGAAGAUUUUGAAAGGUAAGGCAGGCAAGGAGAGUGGGAAUGGAGUCAUUGGGGCUAAAGUUUGGAAUUUAGGCAUUAACUGAGGUUGGUCGAGUAAUUAG